GUAAUUGCCCCGCACACAGCACCACCGCAUAAGCAAACCCCCCAAAACCACGAGGUCCCGCCGCCGCCUCUCCGACCUCCUCCGCCGCCGCGAAUGCCGGAGCCGCAGGCCAUCCUCCCGCUCCGCGCGCUCCCGCCGGACGCGCCGCUUCCCCUCCCCGCGCCGUUUCACCCACAAACCCCCGCCUCCGCCGCCGGCCCGACCUCGCCCCCCAACCCGACCCCUCCCCAACCCCAAACCCCCGCCGCGCCGCUCGCCUCCACCUCCACGCGGCCGCCGCACCCAUGGGAGAUCGCCGCGCGCGCCUGGCUCGAGUCCUUCCCCGAUGGCCGCCUGCCCACCGAGUCCGAGGUCGACGCCUACAUCGACGCGCACCGCCCCGAGCUCCCCUCCCUUCCCCGCUCCCAGCUCCACCAGCGCCUCCUCGCCCUACGCGGCGACCAGGUUUUAGAUGCAGAUCAGAGCGCAUUCCCGUAUAGGUUCCAGCGAACUGAUCUAUGGAAGCCUGUGUACCAAUGGUUGGAAUCUCUCGAGAUGGACUCGCUAGUAGAAACUAAGCAGAUAUCAGAUUGGCUUACAUCGAACCCAAAGAUAAUGGACAGGCUGGUUGAGAAGCAUUCAAAAUAUCAUUUGAUACACUACACCCAGAGAAUGCACUUGAAGCUGCUGAAGAAGAGGGGGAAGUUGCCAAAGACUCUACAACUUUCUGCGGCUAGAGCCACAGUCAGGCCGAGUGCUGCUCCAGUGACACCAGAAGAAAGCACAGUGACAUCGCGGAAAACUACACCUCCAGUAACAGGUAAAUUUUCGGGUGGCAUUGCAGGCGGGCUUCAGAGUGGCACUGCAGGCAGGCUUCAGAGUGGCGCUGCAGGUGGAAGUGCAACUCUUAGGGGCAAGAAGACGUCAUUGUCCAAAAAGAAAGAAGCUUUGCUCAAAUAUGAACUUUUGACAGAUUUGCAGAAUCAGUUGACCACUGUGCUGUUAAAGCAAUGUCAUACUGUUGCCAUUAAAGAAACAGAUUCAUCAUAUGUGGAAUUUCAAAAUCCAGAGACCAACAUAAGUAUACAAGAAGGGGCCACUACUGCAAUCGCAUCAGCCCCUUCGGAGGCAACAAAGGUUUAUGUCAAUGAACAGUCAAAUCCAGCAGGAGCCUCAGACAGUGAAUUUGGGCAAAAGAGAAAGAGAAACCCUAUCAUUGUUACACCUGCAUGGUGUUAUAGUGAAGCUUUGACAGGAACCUUGCGGAAUGAACAAAAUUCUAGUUCGCAUAGCGGUGGUGAAAGAAGUUUUAAUAUUUGGAAAGGGCAUGUUAAUCCACUAUCGAGACAUAAAGAUAUUAAGAAAAAUAUAUUGUUCUGCCUGGAGGGACGUAAAACUGGUGCCAGCUGGUCCCAAGCUUGUUCUUAUGGAGGUUAUGCUGGACGGAGUUGUGAAAGAUGGACCCCAUUUCUUGAAGGAUGGAAUUCACCUGCAGUCCAGUUUGAAGGGCCUGCGGUACACGUCGUGAGAAAAAGUUACCUAUCUUGGUGUCCAACAUCAUAUGCUUACACGUCAAGUGCUCCUUCUGCUCAGCCUCAUGACAGGCAAGGUGUCCGCAAAGUUCUUGAUGUAAAAUUUCAUCCAGAAGGGCUGCCUCAGCUUGUUUCUAGCUCCAAUGAGGCACCCAAUGAACUAUUGCUUUUCAAUCUUCUUUCUGGAAGGGCUAUUCAGCUUAGAGGCCACAGUACCAAGAUCCAGUCUAUCGCAUUUGCAGUCAAAGGUGCAAGCAUAGUAUCUUGUGCUUCUAAUUUAUUAAAGGUAUGGGACUGCAUUACAGGUUCUUGCCUCUAUACACUGGGUGGCGAUGACCAAAAUUCCGUUGGGCAUACUAAAAAAAUUAGUGCUAUGGCAGUGAAUAAAUGGCAAUCCUGUCUUGUUGUCACUAGUGGAGCAAAAGGUGAUGGGAAGCUUCUACUAUGGAAUGCCUUAAGAGGUGAACUUGCUUCUGAUCUAAAUUCGAACUUGAGGUCCCAGGAUAUGGUAUAUCCUUCAGUUGAUACAAUGGAGUUCUGUAGUGAAAAUCUUCUGGCAUGUGGAAGUGACUGUGAUUAUGGUGGCUCAGCUGUGGUACAAUUAUGGGAUAUUGAAUCUCCAGAGUCUUACUUAUCUUUCUCUGCAAGUGAUUCUUAUAUUACUUCCCUUAAAGUCAACCCUGCUGGCAACACUAUCAUUACCGGUUCUGGUGACGGGACUAUUAGCUUAUUUGACAUCCGUGCUUGUUCUGCAAUUAAUCAUUUGUCAGUGGGAUCUGGUUGUGAGGUUACAUCUGUUUCGUUUAGCAACUGUGGUACCUAUUUUUCUGCUUCUAGCACAUCAAAUAAUACUUUGGUUUGGGAUACAAGACUAGUCCCGAUAAAUCACUGCAAGGAUAUUUCACAAAGGAAAGACAUGCGUUUUUUUCGGCCUUUACAUUGCUUGAGCCAUGGGGAACAGAUGCCUACUGCAGAAUAUACAAGUCAACUGCCAGGUCAUGUUGAUGAGGGUGAUCAGGGGGUAAAUGCCACACAGUGGCUGCAUAACCAACCUGUACUUGUUACUGUAAGUGGUGAUGGCAGUGUUGGAAUGUGGGAUGUUACUCUAGGUCAACCUUGCGUCAGACAUAUUAUAACUCAUACUCGAUGUGCUAAUGCGGUUGCUGUAGCCCCUAACGACAAAUACAUCUCCACAGGAGGAAGCGAUCAGAAAGUUGUUUUAUACCAUAAUAGAAGUGAGCGUACACAUCUGAAUUGGCGUCUCUCACACCCUCUGCAAGUAAAUGAUUAAUAUGCUGCCAGAAAUUCUAGAUUUUUUCCGCCGACAUGCUGAGGAGUUCUCUGAGUCAGGUUGUUGAAUUUUAGUCGAAACUCUGCUGCUCCAGAUGGAUGUGGAGCCAGGGCUGGUAGUGAAGCCUCUGCUUGAUGGACGACUCAAGCUUGUGUUGGGCCUUAACAUCAAUGAAUCCUCAUGCCUCUUUACAAGUAGAGUCUGUAUCUUUUUAUUCUCCUGUAAAGAAAAUGUUUAUGAAACCAACACCAUCCUGACUGGUAGUAGCUUUCUAUUCUUAGGGUCUGUUUAGAGAAGGGGGGUUGGGAAUUAGUUCAAAUUUGAACUAAAUUCCUAGAGCAACCCCCUCAUCCAAACACCUCUUUAUGUUAGCAGAUAAUAUGAGCCAGGCUAGGCAAUUCCCUGUACCAUCAACUAGUUAGUUGAUUAAUAACUACUCACCCGCUGCCUGUAUUUCUCUUCUUCCUUUUCUUUGAGUGUCAACAUGUAGUCUUUCAGCAUUGCCAGAAGCGGAAGCUGCAAAAGCUUAUGUUAAGCCGUUUGGUUAAAGAAA